GGAAAAUCUGGUGUAAGUUCCAACUUCGGGGUGAGUCUUCUGCCAAACUCAAGGUGCAACGACGGGUCGCCCGAUUUCCGCCAUCGGCUUCUGCCAUGGCGAAGCAGAAGCUCAAUACCGGCGUCCAGAACAAGAUAAUCUACUCGAGAGCAUCGUACCUGUAUCAAGCCGCCGACUACCUCGCCAAGCGUGCCCGCGAGCUCCCGCCGGACGCUCAUGAUGCCAAAGGCAAAUCAGCGCUUACCGGCGGACAAAUCCAACAACAACAGAGGGCCAUCGAGAACCUGUCGCGUCAUGUCAUCUGCGACAUGAGGGCCGUGUCUCUAAAGGCCCAGAUACGUCAAGGAACGUCUCUGAAGCACACAAUCUGCAAGUUCUGCGAUACUAUACAGAUCGAGGGCGACACAUGCCACUCCGUCGUUGAGAACCAAAGCAAGGGUGGCCGAAAGCCAUGGGCUGAUGUGCUGGUGAUCAAAUGCAACACCUGUGGCAACGCGAAACGCUUCCCAGUCAGCGUCUCACGGCAACAACGGAGAACAAUGCGCCAGACCAAGCCGCAGGAAGCCAAGGGCGAGGGAGAGGGAAACGUUGGUGGAACAUGAACUGGAGUGGGGAAUCUACGUGAAUAUCGGUCCAUCAACGUCGGUUCCGCACGCACCGCAGGAAGCCGAGAGAGAGAGAGAAGAGGAACGUUGGUGGAACAUGAACUGGAGUGAGGGAUCUAUGUGAACACCGAUCCAUGGACAUCGGUUCCGCACCGCAGGGUCUUCGAUGACCAAAGCAACCGGUCGGCUUUAUCAGUUGGGAAAUUUUCCAGCACGCCUGCCGCCUCAGAUGUCGCAAGCACAGCAAAGCAACUACGCUGUUCGCGAGCGCCAUCGAUCGCCUUUUGGGGCCGCCCUGAGGUUGCCCUCUGAAUCUGCGUCGCCGCUCAUGUCGGCAUAUCCGCCAUCCACGAGCGCCAAGAAGCAACGCGGAAGAACACGUUAAACCAUGGGGCACACAAUGUGCCGCCCAAGUAUUGAAAUGAAGAAGCUUCUAUGCAUG